GCGACUCUACUGGAAUCUGAAUGCACAACAUGCGUCUGCUCAACAAUGUCAUGAUUCCACAGAAUGAAAAUCCCAACUGCAAGUGCCGAGGAAAUAUGAGAUCGAGAGAGUUGAACAUGUGCGACCAUGAAGACACUGCCUGUCUACUGCGGUGUGACUGCUUACUGCUACCGCUCUUUCUUUUUUCACAGCAUGCACGCUUCAUUAUAACUUCAGGAUUGCACUAAGAUCGUAUUUAUUUGAUUUCUCAUGGUGAAUAAAAAAGGCAUGACGAAGAUGAUCAACAUCAACUUGCUAAAACGAACUUCUAGUGUGUCGUGACUAAGGAUGCUUUUCAUGCUCUCAUGAGACUUAAAAGUCCCUCCCCGUUGAAUAUGACCUCCUCGAUUCAGUAUUGAAAAAGAACCAUGGGUAGCGGCGGGAAAAAAUCGGCCUCCAUGGCCGAGGGGAAGAACAAGCCAACAAAAAAAGCAGAUGCGACAUCAGCGAAAAAGAGCAAGGCGGAAUCGAAGAGUGCGACCUGCUCUAGCAAAUUGGCAAAGAGUAAAGCCAGCACUGCAUCUUCUUCUUCAACAAAAGGCAUUCCUGAGGAGAACAAGAGCAAAAGCUCGUCUGCAACAUCGAAGCAGGCUACAGGAAGUAAAAAGUCUAGUAGUUCUUCAACGUCCCCUGCAGAAACUUCAUCUGAAGCAAAUCAUGGAGCGAAGACUACAAAGAAAUCUCCAGAAGAUGCGAAGCCGCGACCUCCUUGCAAAGAAAAAAGCUCAGGUACUGGUGGCAAAAAGCCCGCCACUUCUUCUACCUCAUCCUCCAGAAAAACCAGUCCUGCUUCAACAUCUUCUGAAGAGAAGGCUAAGAAAAGUGCUUCAGCAACAUCCAAAGUUGAAAAUAAAAAAGUGAGUACUAAAAAGGCUGGAUCACGAAAAAAUUCACCAGGAGCAUCUUCGCAUGGUGGGAAAGAUGCAGCAGCUUUUUCAGGUACACUUUUCUUCUAAUUAUGUAAUAAAUUGCGAUCCUCGUCCGCUUGCUUUCUCCUGACACGAUGAUGAUCAUUUAUAAGGCAAAAGAAAUGUUGUAAGGGGCGGCAUCUCCACGACGAUCUCUCUGAUAUUCUUGAAAAAUUCUUCUUUAGGUACGAAGAAAGCCAAAACCACUGGUAUGAAAAAGACCAUCAUGGGCACGUCAUCAGCGUCCGCCAGUAAACAAGAUGACCCUGUGGUCGCUGAUGCCUCUCCUGGUACUUCUAUAGACGACCUCCCUCCGACACGCAAUCCUAGCGAGGAGACCAUUUCAAGCACGACUAGCAAGGAGACGACUUUAGCGUCUGCAGUUAAAGGAGCUACUACUAAACCAACAACUACUUCUGCUGGGUCGACGUCCAAACCAAGAACGACUAAUAUUUCUCGUGAGGACAGCACCAAUAAAACCGACAAGAUGCUGGAGAUGGUCACUGAAUACCUAGAGAAAGAACAGGCAAAGAUGUUGGAUGAGGAUCUUUCUUCAACAGCACUCUUUCCAGGAGUAGCGUCGUCUUCAACAACUUCUACUGCUACUACUACUCCAGCGGGGUGUCUUACCCAACAAGGAGAAGCAGUAGAAGCUGUUCCGCAGACUUCAACAUCCUCUGGUGCAGCGGUAAAAGAAUCAAAGGCUGCUCUUAGUACUUACAAUGAAGAUGUAGUACAUGAUGUAGGUCGUGGAGGUGCAACAACUAGUACAAAUAUUAACGAGAAGAGCAACAAGAAAGGCAUGAAGGCACGAGGACGACCACCAAAAAUUGAUAAAACCAGGAGUACUUCUACGGAAGGAGGAGGACAACCAGCACCACGACCAGCGAAUAAGACUAAGUCUGCAGCGAAGAAACAGGUACAACCAGGUGCAACUGCAGCAGGAAAGCCUACCACAGCCUCAACACGACGACCAAGCAAGGAGCUUCUUAGUAGUGUGCCUUCCGUUCCUUUUGUGCCGGAAGUAAAAACACCUAGUAUGCUUAGAGAGGAAAUGCUGCUGUGUGGUGAAGAAGUAGAUGCAGUAGCUGCUUCGAAGAGCAACGACGCCGAUGACGAUGCAAGAACAGAGAGAGACGAAGACUCUGAUGUUGAUUGUUUGGACCAGUCGUCAAAAUCAAUGUCAAAGACGCAGCAGCACAAAAUGAAAGUGAAAGAGAGCAGGCGAGCGAACAAGAAGAAUGGCGCACCUGCAGCGGAACCAGUUGCAGCCCCCAGUGUUGACUCUCGUCUUCCCGAUUCUUCGGUCACUACAGGCACUAGUGGAACCGGAGUAGUCCUCGUGGAGAAGGAAGGAGGUUUGGCAAUCGAACUUCCUGAUCACGUUGGGCAGCAAGGAGCAUCCGUUUCGUCAUCAGCAUCAUCAUCGUCAUCAUCCUCUUCCACGUCGACUACAACCACAGUUCUUCCAGCUAAUUCUUCUAGUACAACUAGUACUAGCAGAGGGGCGACAGGAGGACCAAAAAAAACCACCACGAGCACGACCUCUUCCAAGGCGAACAAUGCUGGAAAGAAUCAGAAUAAUAUUCUGAACAGCAGCACCAGCUCAGACGAGAAGAAGCGCACACAAGUCGAUGAUGACAGUGAUGAAAGCGAUGAGUCAGCGUCCGAAGAGGACGAUGAUAGUCAAAGUGAAUGGUCAGGCGGCGAUGACGAUGCUGAUGAGGAAUUAUCAGCCGAAGUGCGUGCUGCUAAAACAAAUGCCAAGAUGAAUCUUCGUAGUCGGACUUGCAGUUCUUCCUCUGCGAAUAGUACAACUGCUAUGAAAGCCACUUCUAUGUUGAACAAUGGCACCAAAAAUGCUAGAGAAGAUAGAGCUCGAUCAGGAAGUUCCGUAUUUACUGCUGGACGAAACCGAAACAUGAGUCGUAGCAAAAGCUGCAGUAGUGAAGACAAUGAUAAUGUUGAAGCUGGUGGUCCUCUUUCAUCCGAAUCCGCAUGCGACCAAAAUGACAAGAGGAACACGAGGAUGAGGAGUAAACUCGAACUUCUUACUGAACAAGUGCUGAGGGAACAGGAGGAUUUAGAACUCCAACUCUCCUCAGAUAUCGACGACUAUGAAUCUGACGAUUUGACCCCUCGGACGAGUAGAAGGCUACAGCGGAAGAAGCGCCGACGGGUUCACUUAUAUGAGCAAGCCAUAUCGACAUUGGAAGAGCAAGAAGAGCAGGACGAACAUGAACAAAAUGAAGAUAAUGUUCUUGAAAAAGAAGGACGAGUACUACUAUCGAGGACACAAGAGGAGCAGCGAUUUCUAGUCGUAGGAAAAUCUACAGAUACAAGAACGACAGAACAAGGAGGGCGAAGCGAUGAUGAAGGAGGAGAUGCAAAGGGUCGUGCUGAAGACCCUGAGGAGAAAAAUCAUGAAACUUCCACCUCAUCCAAAAAGCCAGUAGAAGCACCACGACCAAAACAAACUGCGAUAGUAGUAUCUCCGGAGAAACCUCAUCAAGAAAACUACUCGAGCCUUUUCUCAGAUGACGAAGAAGACGAUGAUUUUGAGUCUUACAAGAGACAAAAAGUCGACUUAGACUCCCACUCCGAACAUGAUUCCAGGAUCAACAACAACUACGAUAGGACGACCAACAGUACAAGUGCUCGGACGAAUAUAGAGAUACCUACAACUAGGAGAGCGGUGUUGGUACAAGAACCGCCACCGGUAGUUCCAUCUUUCGUAGGCGGUGCUGGCGUCCCAAGAAGUGGCGGCGCAGAGGCACCAGGGGCUUUCACCAGGCGAAGAAAUAUUGGGCAGCAGAAUCCUGAACAACAUCAUUUCUCACCUUGGGCACGCUCAGAGGAACGCAGAGUAAGGAGACUGCUUUCAGCAGGAAAGCAGCACAGACUGGGAUCGUCGUCUUGUAGCGUCAGCGAGUGUGAAGAAGGCAGCACAUCCACGUUCGUCCAGCAACAGGAACCUAUGUCCAAGAAAACUAGACACCUCUGGCGUCCAUUAGACAAGUCAUUGUGGGACGAUAAUUAUUAUAGGGCAUCAUCUGCUUCUGCUGGGGACUCUUCAUCCUCUGCUACCAGCAGAGUUGCCUUCUCUCGUGACGACCAUCCCCACUUGCCGCCUUUCUGCGUUUUAGAAGAUGGAUCGAUUGUACUGUCUAGAAGAAACACAAGUACAACUCGGUCUGACGCAGCUAUUACGGGCGCCAGUAGUGCUGCUUCCUCGUCAUCUUUUUCAUCUGCAGCACAACAAGUUAACGUCUGUGGUCCUUCAGCAUCCUGUAGCAGUAGCCAAAAAGAAGGCAUCAACGGAGGACCUCCAACAUCAAAGAGCAAUGGAGCAGUGAUAACGGAGACAGCCUUAUCACCAGUAGCACCUUCUUCAUCUACUGAAGCAGGAAGGAGUUUUUCAUCCUCUUCUUCAAUAGCGGACGCAGGCGGCACGAGAAGCGGCGCCUCCGUUUUCGCAGUCUGUCUAGAGUACUCCAAUACCCCUGACGGAUCGGACCACGAGGAUUUGCUAGGCAUUUACACUAGUCCCCAGCUAGCGAAUUUUGCACUUGUGAAAUUCCUAGACUCGUGGGCCUACGAGCCAGCCUUCCAGAGGAAAAAGGAUAGCAUACUAUACUCGGACUCAUAUAAUUCGCCACCAGGAUCCUCUACUCCUGCAAGAACCACUCCAUCAGGGUGCUAUGAAAUCGUCCUGAACGAAGAUGGCAAACUUUUUGAGGGCGAGAGGAUGCGGUUUUUUGUCGACAAGAUAAGGCUGGAUGCAGAAGUUAGAUACUAACUUUGCUUCUUAUAUUUCGGAAGAGGAACGCUCUUAAAGCAUUUUAAUGGCCUUUCUAAACUUGAAGAUGGCUGCACAGCCUGU